AUGGCCUCCCGGACGCGACGCGCUACACGGCGCAAUGCUGUGAUCGACUCGGACGAUGAGUCCUCACAGAACACGACCAAAAUUCACGAAGACGAGGCCGAGGAUUUUGAGCCAGACACAUCAAACACAUCCCGCAGAUCGACUAGGAGCACGCGGAAAACAUCAGCGGCAGCGCCUACACCUCCGCCCGCCGCAACGAAAACCACAGCGCGAGGUCGAGGGCGGCCAAAGAAGGCAUCGCUAGCGGCGCCAACCCCCGAGCCUGAAACGCAAACAGAGGAAUCAGCGCCAGAUGAGUCUGAGGAUGAGCUCUCUCAGGUCAUAUCGCCCCAGGCGACGCCAAAGAAGCGUCAAAGUACGAGCUCACGAGUUUCGACUGGACCGACCAUUGCAUUGGCGCCACCUACACCACAGAAGACUACGCCGCCUGAUGCGCCUCCCAAGCUGAACGCGGUGCCGGCCACACCUCUAGCCGACAUCACCAGCUCCAACAACCGAUUUCGAGACGACCCACUGGCCACGAUUCGAGGCAAUCGAUUCAACACAAGCAUCAUGGAUCAGCCGCUAGACCUCAUGAUCAAGUCACGCACCCAAACAACCAUACCCGUGGUGGAGGAAACUACCCCAAAGUCGCGCAUUGUCUUGACGUAUCUGAUCUUGAACAACUUCAAGAGCUACGCUGGUCGUCAGGAAGUUGGCCCGUUCCAUGCAUCUUUCUCGUCUGUCGUUGGUCCCAAUGGUUCCGGCAAGUCCAACGUCAUUGACAGCUUGUUGUUCGUCUUUGGCUUCCGCGCCAGCAAGAUGCGACAGGGCAAGAUCUCGGCGCUUAUUCACAAUUCAGCUGAAUACCCCAAUCUGGACCAUUGCGAAGUGGCUGUCCACUUCCAGGAAGUCAUGGACCAGCCGGGCGGGGGGUCGGUGGUUAUUCCCAACUCCGAGCUCAUCAUCUCGCGAAAGGCGUUCAAGAACAACUCAAGCAAAUACUACAUGAACGGCAAGGAAUCCAACUUUACCGCCGUCACCACCUUGCUACGCGAGCGAGGCGUUGAUCUCGAUCACAAGCGUUUCCUCAUCCUCCAGGGUGAGGUGGAGUCUAUCGCCCAGAUGAAGCCCAAGGCACCCAACGAACACGACGAUGGUCUACUCGAGUAUCUGGAGGAUAUCAUCGGCACGUCCAAGUACAAGACUCCAAUCGAGGAGUCGGCGACCGAGGUCGAGAUGCUCAACGACAUUUGCGCAGAGAAGAGCGGGCGUGUGCAGCACGUUGAGAAGGAGAAGAACAGUCUUGAGGACAAGAAGGACAAGGCACUAGGCUUCAUGCGCGAUGAGAAUGAGUUGGCAGCAAAGCAAUCGGCGCUAUACCAGCUGUUCCGCCAGGAAUGCCACGACAACAUUGCUGUCACCCAGGAAGCCAUCGGCCAAAUGCAGGAGCAGCUCAGCGCCGAAUUGGAGAAGCAUCAGGGCGGCCAAGAACAGAUCAAAGAGCUCGAAAAGCAGUACAACAAGGGCAGCAAGAGUUGCGAGACGCAGGAGAAGCAAACGCAAGCCUUGGUCAAGGAAAUGUCCAAAUUCGAGCAAGAGCGCGUCAAGUUUGACGAGAAGCGCAAGUUUCUCGCUGACAAGAAGAAAAAGCUCGAAAAGACGAUUGCCAAUGCCGAGCAAUCGACCGCCGAAGCUGACGAGACCAUCGAGCAAUGCUCGGCCGACAUUGAGACGAGGACGGCUGACGUGGAGGAGCUUGAGCAACAGAUGGAGGCCGCUGAGGCCGAGCUCGCUACUAUCCGCGAGAGCCUGAAAGGCAAGACGCAAGAGUUCUCGGAUCAAAUCGCAGCCAAGCAAAAGUCGCUCGAGCCUUGGACCGAGAAGAUCAACCAGAAGCAAUCAGCCAUUGCCGUCGCCGAGAGCGAGCUCAACAUUCUCCAAGAGAAGGCCAACGCAGGUGCUGUUGCUAUUGAGGAACUCAAAGGCAAGAUCUCUUCUGCCGAGGAGGCCAAGUCCAAAUUGCGGGAGCAGCUGGAGCUUUGCGAGUCAGAAAAGGCUGAGCUUCUUGCGGAAGCUGAGAACUUGAAGUCGGAACUGAGCGUACUCGCGGAGCAAGAGCCCAAGAUGCGCGCCAAGAUUUCGAAUGCCCGUCAGAAGGCGGAUGAGGCCCGAUCAAAUCUAUCAGGCAUGCAAGCUCGCGGCAACGUCCUUACGGCUCUGAUGCGGAUGAAGGAGUCUGGCCGCAUUGAUGGCUUCCACGGUAGACUGGGCAAUCUUGGCACCAUUGACUCCAAGUACGAUGUUGCGAUCUCGACGGCAUGCCCGGCCCUCGACAACUUUGUCACUGAGACUGUUGAUGCCGGUCAACAGUGCAUCGAGCACCUCCGCAAGAACAAUCUUGGGCGAGGCAACUUUAUAUGUCUGGACAAGAUGCGCAACCGCGAUAUGGGUGCUAUGCAAACACCGGAGGAUGCGCCCCGCUUGUUCGAUUUGGUGACUCCCAAAGACAAGAAGUUCCAGCCCGCCUUUUACCAUGCGCUGCAGGAUACUCUGGUCGCAAAUGACUUGGCCCAAGCAAACCGCAUCGCCUAUGGCGCCAAGCGAUGGAGGGUUGUCACACUUGCUGGUGAGCUGAUUGAUAAAUCAGGUACCAUGUCUGGUGGCGGUUCUACUACCCGCAAGGGUCUCAUGUCAUCCAAGCAAACAGAUGACAUCUCCAAGGAGCAGGUAGUCAAGCUCGAGACUGAUAGGGAUGCCUGGGAAACCAAGUACCAGGAAUUCCAAGAGUACCAGCGCGAGUGCGAGACCCGUCUGCGCGAAAUCAACGAGAACGUGCCGCGGCUGGACACCAAGAAGCAAAAGAUCGGUCUCGAGAUGGAAAGCAACACUCGUAGCUUGGCCGACCUGCAAAGACGCGUCAAGGAGAUUAGCAAGGAGCACCAGCCGUCGGCCUCUGACGACAGCCGCCAAGAGUCGUUGAAGAAGGACAUUGUCAAACUCAACAGGGACAUUGAGAAGCUCCAUGGCGAGACGCAGAGCGUUGAAGACGAGAUCAAGACGUUGCAAGACAAGAUCAUGGAGGUUGGCGGCGAGAAACUACGCGCCCAACGUGCCAAGGUGGACAGUAUGAAAGAGGAGCUCGCACAGAACCAAGAAGAGAUAUCGAGCGCCGAGGUUCGCCGCGUCAAGGCUGAGAAGCAGAAGGUCAAGCUCGACAAGGACGCGACCAAGGCCAACAAGGAGCUUGCCACCGCCGACAACGAUUUGGAACAGCUCGACCACGACGUCAACAACCAAGUAGAGAAGGCUGAGGAGCUCCGCGCGCGUGUGGAAGAGGCAGAGCAAGCCCUGGCGGCGACCAAAACGGAGCUCAAGGCCCUCAAGACCGAGCUCGAUGAGAAGACAGCCGAGUUGAAUGAGACUCGCGCACUCGAAAUCGAGAUGAAGAACAAGCUCGAGGAGAAUCAGAAGGCUCUAACAGAGAACCAUCGGCGCUUGAAAUACUGGGACGAGAAGCUGUCCAAGCUGACCCUACAUGACAUCGAGGACUUGGUCGGCGGCGCAGAGGGCGCAAAGAGGAAGAAGGUCACCAAGAGCAAGAAGCCCAAGGUUGAGCAAUCGGCAGCAGAUGAUGGAGAUGUGGACAUGGAAGAUGGUUCGGUGAAAGAGGAAGACGAGGACGUUGAUAUGGCCGAAAGUGGCGACGACCGCAGCCAGACCCUAAACGACCAAACAGCCGACGAGGAGCAAGCGAAAGAAGGUGGCGAGGGCAGUGGUGAAGAAGAGGAGGGAGAAGAAGACGAGCCUAUGCAAGACCUGCAGCAGUUGCCGCAGUACACGCCCGAUGAGCUUGCCGACAUGAGCAAGGAACAGCUCAAGGCUGAAAUUGCGGUCCUCGAGGAGAAAACGCAAAAUGUCAAUGUCGAUCUUGGUGUACUCGCCGAGUACCGCCGCCGUGUUGAAGAGUACGCCAGCCGAGCUUCUGACCUACAGGCCGCUGUUGACCAGCGCGACUCGGCGAAGAAGAGGUGCGACGACCUUCGCAGGUUGCGCCUUGAGGGCUUCAUGGAGGGUCUGAGUGCUAUCUCUCUGCGUCUCAAGGAGAUGUACCAACUCAUCACCAUGGGCGGCAACGCGGAGCUCGAGCUUGUGGACAGUCUCGACCCGUUCAGCGAAGGUAUCCAAUUCAGUGUCAUGCCUCCCAAGAAGAGCUGGAAGAACAUCAGCAAUCUAUCAGGUGGCGAGAAAACGCUCAGCAGUCUCGCCCUUGUAUUUGCGCUGCAUCAUUACAAGCCAACGCCGCUCUAUGUCAUGGACGAGAUUGACGCGGCGCUCGAUUUCCGAAACGUCUCCAUUGUGGCCAACUACAUCAAGGAGAGGACGAAGAACGCUCAGUUCAUUGUCAUUUCGCUCCGCAACAACAUGUUCGAGCUGGCUGCGCGCUUGAUCGGCGUAUACAAGGUCAACCACAUGACGAAGAGUGUCGCUAUUGAGAACCAGGAUUACAUCAACCGACCAGCGCCAGCACGGCCAGCACCCAGCACGCAACGGCCGCCGACGGCUGGAGGUGCGACGACAACGUUGGCAAUGAGAUGA